UAGAAAGCGCGGGAAGCAAAGGCAUAAUGAAGCGCAGCACAAUUGGGAGGGAAAAGCAACAAACGAGAAAGGAAUGAAGAGAUACCUGCUUCUCAUUCACGAAAUCCUUCUUCCAGCUCCCACUCGCGAAUCCUAUUCUUUCUUUCCCCACAAAUUCAAAAGCAAAAAAAGCGAAAAGCAAAGCAAACACCAUCCUCCUCUCCCUUUCUCCAUUCCACCAUAUUCCUCUCCAUUUCCACUCUCCCCCAAACCCUCCUCCAUCUCCUCCAAAGUAUCCGAGAUCGGCGGCCAAUGGUGCGGCCAUGAUGCCAACCAUUGUUAAGAAGCUCGCCGUCGAGGUCGUCCACGCCCGCGACCUCAUCCCCAAGGAUGGUCAGGGUACCUCCAGCCCCUACGUCGUUAUCGACUAUGCCGGUCAGCGCAAACGCACCCGCACUUGCCCCCGAGAUUGCAACCCCGACUGGCAAGAACGGCUUGAGUUCAUCGUCCCCGAUCCACCAUCCAUUGACGCUGAUGAGCUCCUCGUCGAAGUCUACCACGAUGGCCGCCUCUCCGUCCCCGCUCGUAAGAACCAUUUUCUCGGUCGUGUCCGCAUCUAUGGCACCCAGAUCCCCCACCGCGGCAAUGACGCCCUUAUCUACUACCCCCUCGAGAAGCGCGCCUUACUAAGCUGGAUCCACGGCGAAAUUGGCCUCCGGAUCUGUCAGUACGACGACAUCCUUGAAGAGAAGAAGCCCGAACCCACCGAUCCACCGCCGGCCGACGCAAAUCCAGCACCCGGCGUCGGGGAGCCGAAAGAUCCGCCGCCCCCGGAGGUAGUCGCCCCUACGGAAACGGCGGUGGAAACCCAAUCACCGCCGCCGGUCUCUGUCGUCGUUGUUGAUGAAGCUCCGAUGCAGCCGGAGAAGUCACCACCGCCGCCGGCGGCGGCGAACCCAUUGCCGGAGGAACCACUGGAAAUGUAUCCACCGGAGGUGAGAAAGAUGCAGACGAGUUCGUUCACCGAGAGGGUCAGAGUUCCCAGAAGACACAGUGACAUCGAUUGCGGCCCGAGAGUUCUCUCUGGCCGGUUCGCUCCAUCCUGCGAACCGGUGGACCGGGUUCAAGCCGCCUAUGACCUCGUCGAGCCGAUGCAGUACUUGUUCGUCCGGGUCUUCAAAGCUCGCAGUCUCCUUGCUUGUGAGUCACCGUACGUGAAGAUCCAGUCCGGUCCGCACUUGAUGCGGACUAACCCGGCCAGGGAGGUGAACGGACGCCCGGAGUGGAACCAAGUGUUCGCGCUGAGCCAACCCAAACCGGAGUCCACGCUGGAGAUCUCAGUCUGCGACGGCGGCCAAGGGGAUGCAUUUCUCGGUGGCGUGUGUUUUGAUUUAUCUGACGUGCCGGUCAGGGAACAGCCCGACGGUCCGUUGGCUCCUCAGUGGUACCGGCUUGAAGGUGGGGAUGACCGGCAUCCAGGCCCUCAGGUGACCGGUGACAUUAUGCUCUCGGUCUGGUUCGGAACCCAGGCGGAUGAGUCGUUCACCGAGGCGUGCACCUCGGACGCGCCGUCCAUCAGCCACACCCGGUCCAAGGUCUACCAAUCGCCCAAGCUCUGGUACUUGCGUGUCAGCGUCAUCGAAGCUCAAGAUUUGCGGUUCAUGCCACCACCUCCGGGGAUGCCGGUGGACAUACGUGUCAAGAUCCAGUUGGGUUUCCAGUCUUCUAGGACGAGAAGAUCGACGCCUAAUAGCAACUCAUCUUCUUUCGCUUGGCUUGAGGAUCUGAUGUUCGUCGCCUCUGAGCCGUUGGAUGACCAUCUUAUCGUGCUAGUCGAGGACCGUUCGAUCAAAGAGCCAGCCCUUCUUGGCCACGUUACGGUUCCAGUGGGCUCGGUGGAGCAGAGAAUGGAUGAACGACAACCAGUGGCGACCAAGUGGUUCAAUCUAGACUGUGGAAAUGGGGAUCCCACCUACAGCGGCAGGCUCCAUCUAAGGCUAUGCCUUGAAGGAGGAUAUCACGUGCUAGACGAGGCGGCGCAUGUUUGUAGUGACUUCCGGCCGACGGCGAAGCAGCUAUGGAAACCUCCGGUGGGGGUACUAGAACUGGGGAUCAUCGGGGCACGUGGCUUGCUGCCGAUGAAGACGAAAGGUGGGACCAAGGGGUCGACCGAUGCGUACUGCGUGGCUAAGUACGGCAAGAAGUGGGUUCGGACGCGGACCAUCAUGGACAGUUUCGACCCGCGAUGGAACGAGCAGUACACGUGGCAGGUCUACGACCCAUGCACCGUCCUCACCGUCGGCGUCUUCGACAACUGGCGGAUGUUUGCGGACGUAGCGGAUGAUAAACCCGAUUAUCGCAUUGGAAAAGUUCGAAUCCGCAUUUCAACACUCGAGAGCAACCGGGUCUACACGAGACCGUUCCCGUUGCUAGUGCUACUCAAGUCAGGAGUCAAGAAGAUGGGCGACAUCCACCUAGCCGUGCGAUUCGUGUGCACGGGCAUGCUAUUGGACACGUGGGCGGUGUACACUCAGCCAAUGCUACCGCGAAUGCAUUACCUCCGUCCAAUAGGAGUCAGUCAACAAGAAGCGUUACGUGGCGCGGCGAUCAAGAUGGUGGCGACGUGGCUGACGCGGUCGGAGCCGGUGUUGGGUCCGGAGGUGGUGCGGUACAUGCUGGACGCGGACGCGCACACGUGGAGCAUGAGGAGGUGCAAGGCCAAUUGGUUCCGGAUCAUGGGAGUGAUCGCGUGGACCAUAGGUCUCUGCCGUUGGAUCAACGAUAUCCGACGGUGGAAAAACCCCAUCACCACAGUACUAGUUCAUAUCCUUUACCUGGUUCUCGUCUGGUAUCCAGAACUAGUUGCUCCCACAGCGACCUUGUACGUGUGUUUGAUUGGAACUUGGUACUAUAGAUUCAAACCAAAGGGACCGGCUGGAAUGGACGUGAGGCUCUCGCAAGCUGAAGGAGUGGAUUGGGACGAGUUGGAUGAGGAGUUUGACGCUGUGCCGAGUGGGCGGGAGGAGAAGGUGGUGAGAGCGAGGUAUGAGCGGUUGAGAACGUUGGGGGCGAGGGUGCAGACGGUGAUGGGGGACUUAGCGGCGCAGGGGGAGAGAGUGCAAGCUUUGAUAAGUUGGAGGGAUCCAAGGGCUACUAAGUUAUUCAUUGUGGUUUGCAUGGUGGUGUCGCUAGUGUUGUACGUGGCGCCUCCAAAAAUGGUGGCCGUGGCGCUGGGGUUCUACUUCUUAAGGCACCCAAUGUUUAGGGAUCCUAUGCCGCCUGCUAGCGUGAACUUUUUCCGUAGGCUUCCUAGCUUGUCUGAUAGGUUAUUGUAGAAAUUAUAUACAUGUGGUUUUGUUUGGCUGGUUGUGAAUAAAUCUCAGAAAGAUAUGAGGUAAUGACAGAUGAAGUGAGGUAUAGAAUAAAAUGCUUUUCUUAUAACAAUUGAUGAUGAUAAGAGAAUAUAUUCUCGAUGAAAGGAUUUCAUUGUUGCAGAGGUGUAAAGAUUAGAGUUUGGUUGCUGGAUUGUCAUUGCAAUAGAACAUGACGUGAUGUGAUGCGUGCAAGUGUUGAGAUGAUUCUGUUUGCUGAAAAAGAUGAACUACAGAACAAGACGCUUAUCCCAAUUAUAUAACCAAUUCAAAUUUAAAAAAACAAAUGUAAAAUAGUUAUUUUGUUUGUCAGUGCAUCCAUGAAGUAUUUUAAUUAUGUGCUAGCUAGCCCAU